AAUAAGCGAUCGUCGCAUUCGAAUGAACCCGAGAAGUCGAUCAGAAAAUUGUGCGUUUUGCACAUCACAAUGAUACGACGUUUACGACGUUUCUUAGUAUGGUUCUUCUUGUCAUUCUUAUCACUGUUCGGCGGUGGUAGUGCUUAUAUUGGUGAUAAACAACGGGAACCGAAGCAUCGUGCUCGUAGAGAAAAACGAAUUGUCGAAGCGAAUACGCGACGUCAACGAGAUUACGCUGUCAAUUCGAAAACCUCGAAACAAUACUCAAUGGCUCCGAAUCCAAGAAAACGCCGAAGGUGA